AUGUCCCGGCUGCCAGAUCUAGUUCGCGACUCGAAACUAGAGACUCGAUUUGUACCAGACUUCAAUGUCGAGACAGUACAUACCUAUCACGAAUCUGAGCGGUCUCGACGUCGACUUGUCCCUGUGUUAGAGCACUGGAAACGACAAGAAAAGAUCGGAGGUGGCGGGUACUCAACCGUCUGGCUAGAAAGUUGUCCGAAAUUUUCUCGGCAUGGUGUCCAAGUUCGAGCUGUGAAGCAGAUCGAGACGGGCGGCCGCUUUGCGCGCAUUGAUUUUAAUCGUGAAUUAGAGGCCAUUGCCAAAUUUUCCCACCCGAAGUACGAACGAUGCUUCGUCAAAUCAUUCGGGUGGUACAGUACCCCCGAGAAUCUCUUCAUUUCAAUGGAAUAUCUGCAGUUGGGCGAUCUACAUGAUUAUCUACUUGACAGACCUCCUCUCUCAGAGAGCCAAGCACAAGAUAUCUCAUAUCAAAUACUCGAAGGCCUCCAAAUGAUGCAUGAAAACGAAUUUAUGCACCGUGAUCUGAAACCUAAAAACAUCCUCAUCAAAUCCCACCCCCCUCAAGAAUGGUGGAUCAAGAUAGCAGACUUCGGUAUAAGCAAACGGAUGGAAGAAGCUCCCGAGACGUCGACAACAUUGAGAGGCACCGCCGGCUUCAUAGCACCUGAGCUAUACGGUUUCAUUAAUGCAGGGAGUCUGUAUGCACCGGAUAUAUGGUCAUUCGGAGAAAUCAUUUUUCAAAUGCUCACAAAAAAGCCUGCAUUCAAACCCAUUGGUCAACUAGUUUUCUACAUGCGACAGCCCGAAAUGUUCCCAAGCGCAGCUCUCAGCGAUGUCGGUGUUACUGAUCUGGGCAUCGAGUUUGUACGAUCCUUGAUGAAUCCUAAACCUGAUAGCCGUUUGACAACCAAAGUGGCACUGGAGCACGCAUGGAUGCAGCCGCCAUCCGAGAUAUUGUCGACGUCAGAGGCACAACCUUUACCGACGGUGGAUGAUUAUCAGAAUCCGGCAGAAACAGACAAGCAACGGACCGAAUCGCCUACAGAGAUUGAUCCUCGUGGCUCGGAAACCCUGCGUCCAGAAAGUAAGCCCAAGCGCAUGAUUCCGAAGGUUGCUACUGUUGAAGAUUAUGAUUCAACCGACGAGGAUAAACCAUCUUCGCCGCUUGCGAAGACCAAUGACAUGAGUCCGAAGGUAGCUACCGUUGAGGACUACGAUUCCACCGACGAGGAUAAUCCCUCUUCACCACUUGCAUCAGCCCUACUGGAAGAAUAUGGGAGUUUUAUGGAAUAUGAUGCUCAAACAAACGAACUUCUUACGGAAAUUCAAGACCUUGUUCGACGUAAAAGGAGUAUGAGAAGGGGUUUGAGUCCGAGUAUGGCUCCUCUUGAAGACUGUUAUGCCACCGACGAGGAAAGUGAGUCUUCGGUGCGCUCGUCAGCAGCGGUGUACAACUCUCAGGCUCCAUAUGGAUCACAAAGACAAAGGCGACGCGGUGGAUUUCAUAAAAGAGUUGAUCUCGAGGGCCCAGUGCAUCCAAGGAGUAGGACUAAGGGUGUGAGCCCGAAUAUGACACCUGUUGAAGACUGUGAUGCCGCCGACGAGGGAAGUCAGCCUUUGGAGCACGCGGCAGAAGAUUGGGGCCCAGAUGACACCGACGAGGAAAGUGAGUCUUCAAUGCACUCGUCAGCAGCGGUGCGCAACUAUCAGGCUCCAUCACGAAAGAAAAAGCAACGUGGUGGGAAUCAUGAAAGACUUGAUCCUAGGGGCCCAGAUUUUCUGCAUCCAAGGAAUAUGACCAAAGGUGUGGCUCCGAAUAUGGCUCCUGUUGACGAAUAUUAUGCUACCGACGAGGAAAGUCUGUUUUCGGGGCUCUCAGGAUAUGCGGUGCGGGUAAACGGGGAAGAAGUACAAGGUAGCCAAUUGCAUGAAGAUAUUGAAAGGAUGCUCUCGGAAACCGAGCUACGCCCAAUGAAGCCCAUAUCGUCAAGAACAGAAAGACAACAUACCGAAUCGCGAAAAAGAAUUGCUGAUUGGCUCUCAGAACCUCCGUCUCACUCGGAGGAUUUUUGUCAUAAGUCCUAUGACUCUACCGGCGUGGAGAAGAAAUUUGCCCCGAUCUCGUCAGCAACAGCGUCGGCAUCUGAUUCAACUGGGGGCCACUCCGAGGAUGAAAACUUCCUCAACAUACCUAGAGCAAAACAGCCGACUUCGGUACACCCUAAGCCCAUGCAAUCUUUAACACUUCCGGACAACAAGUUAUCUCCGAUGGAUUACUAUGAGCCACCAGAGGUUAGAUUAGACUCCUCUAAGGGACCAAGGCUAUUUUAUGGGCGCUUUCCUACAAGGCUAUUUCCUUCGAGGGAGUAUUAUUCUGAAGCAUCAAAGAUGAUGCCAACUCCUCGAUAUUCGACUACCCAGGACCCAUAUUCAGCAGGCAACGCUACCUGGGUAGAUAUUCCAUAUGAUCGACCAUUUCUGCACCAUUGGGAAUACAGCAACGAAGACGGAGAGUACGUUCUCCACAUUCGAGAUGUUCAAUCUCCUCAAAGGCCCACGAAUCUUGAAUCCACCUCAUCGCAUUCAAGAGACAGAACUACCGCAUCUAAAGAUCCCCAGAAGAAAGAGACGGAGGAGCGCGACGAGGACACUUCCAGUCCUCGACCGUGGGCCAAGGACAUAAUCUAUGUCAGUGAUGGUGGAACUUUCAUUCCACGAGAUCGGGUCAGGGAUAGCCGCCAGCCUGGUGAAUAUGAGAUGCCAUGGCGAAAAAAGGGCAAGACUCGCAUUCCGCGGAAGCUGCUUCAUCCAAGGGCGAUUCGGAAUCAGGGCUACCCAUUCAAGGCGGAGGUAAACAACUCAAAAUGA